AUGUUCAACGUACUAUCAGUAUUCUCCUUUUUGCUCUUGUUGCCUUCUAUUCUCGCGCAAGAGCAGGGCCCCAUUUUUGUACCAUUCGGAUGGAAUAAGGUUCCAGCGACUGCCCGCGUCAUCGCAUCUUCAGCGGGAACCACGACCUAUGGAUUGAUUGACGGAGGUUUCGCCCCUGGUCCAGCGACCCUUGUACAAACAGCUACCACUGCUGCAUCAAUGUUCUAUGUUAAUUCUGCACCAGCAACUCCUACCACACUCUCGGGAGUGUGCAAUCUCGCUAGCCCCAUUGCCAUGUGCACCCUGAACGUGUUUGAGAGUGGGACAUCGAGGCCUGGAAAUACCUCAGGCGGUUCCGUUGGUACUUCCACUGGUACUGUCCUUACCAUGACAACCCUCGCCCUUGGAUUCUGCCUUGGACUCGCCUUCCUUAGAUGA